AAAGCACAGUUUGCAUUUUGACUGGUUCUCAAUCACUGCGUGAGGAUUGAAGAAAGAAAAAAGACCAAGGCAUUCAUAGCACACUGCCAGAAACUCUGCCUCUUAACUGCAAAGCUCUAGUCAUUUGGUUGUGAAAAACUGCACUCCGAAAUGUCUGUAACCAGAUCUGAUAGCAUGUGACUUGUCCUGGAGCUAUUAUGAUUUGUCAGCUGGAGGCACUGGGCUCCACCUACUUGAGAUGAUUGGCAUUCACGACCGAUGCUAAUGCUGCACAGUGAUUUGACAGCAGAGCUGGCACAGUGCCUGCUUUACAUCUCUGGAUUCGGCAGCUAACGCAACAAGGACAUAAGCGGCUUAUUGAGAAACAAGCACACUGCUGUGGAGGAAGUUGAAUUUGAAAAAGAGCAUUUAACUGCCUUGAGGAAACCAGUGUACGCUGUGGUUAGCUGGGGACUGAUCGUGCUGCUAGGGUAACUACAGGGCAGAAGUGUUUUCCAGUCUGUAGUACUAUUAUGAGUAGGUGCAGACAAAUGUGACUGCUGAGUCUCAACGCACCGUGUGAGAGAAGCUAUUAACUGCAGCAAAGGGAGAAGCGUGAAUGAUCUUUUCAGACUUUUGGUGCUCAUGUAUGAAUAACGAUGGGAGGGAACCUAGGCUGCCACCGUUCAAUCCCCAAAGAUCCUUUGGAGAUUGGCCAGAAUCGCAAGUUCAGUGCGGCAUGCAACUUCAGCAACAUUCUGGUGAAUCAGGAACGACUCAACAUCAAUACAGCCACCGAAGAGGAGCUGAUGACCCUUCCAGGAGUCAACCGAAUGGUGGCCCAGAACAUUGUGGAGUACCGGGAGUGUAUCGGUGGCUUUAAAAAAGUAGAGGACUUGGCACUGGUGAGUGGUAUCGGUGCCGCUAGGCUGGAGCAGGUCAAACUAGAGAUUUGUGUGACGAACAGUAAAAGCGUUGGCUCGGCCCAGCAUUCACCCAGCUCCGUGCGGAAGGGUCCCUAUUCUGAAACGCUCUCCCCCGCCAGUAGGAUCAAUGUUAACACCGCCACAGUGGCCCAGUUGAUGAGCCUGCAGGGGAUAAAUGACAAGAUUGCACGAGGUAUUGUAAGUUACCGGCAAGAGUGUGGACCGUUCCAAACCAUUGACGACCUGGUCAAAGUAACAUCCAUCAGCUCAUCGCUCCUGGAUAAGGUCCGGCCUCGCGUUGUCACAGAGUGCUCGCGGCCUACGUCCACCCACACCACCAAUGGUGGAAUCGAUUUCACAGCCAAGCCUCGGCCCAGCCCCACUUCCCUCAGCUUGCAGAGUGAGGACCUGGACCUUCCUCCAGGCGGCCCGACUCAGAUCAUCUCAACGCGGCCGAAUGUGGAGGUUUUCAGUGGGCUGAGGGAUGGUGAGCGUGUCCUGAGGCUGGCCAGUUGGAACCUACAAGAUUGCUCGAUCGAAAAGGCCAGUAAUCCUGGAGUGAGAGAAGUGGUCUGCAUGAGCCUUCUGGAGAACAGCAUCAAGUUAUUGGCUGUGCAAGAAAUUAUUGACCGAGAAGCCCUAGAAAAGUUCUGUGCAGAAUUGAAUCAGCCAAUGCUGCCAAAUGUUCGUAAAUGGAAAGGUCCCAGAGGAUGUUGGAAGUGUACUGUAUCUGAGAAACCAUCCGUACAGAUGCAUAAGAGUACAGAGUAUGCUGGUUAUCUUUGGGACAGCAGUGCUGGAGUAGAACUAAAAACUGCCUUCCUUCUGGAGAACGCACAAACCAAUGGGAAUGGGAAACCCUGCGUCUCCAAGCCUUAUCUUGCACAUUUCAAGGUUGGAAUAAUCAAUGUUAUUCUGGUAAAUAUCCAUCUGAAAGGAGCAGACCCUGCAGAAGAGAAAACUCAUACUGAUUGCCAUAACAUCUCAGUGUUUACAGACACUCUUCAAGAAACCCUGAAAGGUGAAAAAGACAUUGUUAUUUUGGGGGACUUCAGCCUGUCACCGGACAUGAAUGAUUUUGACCUCCUACGAAAAGAGAGGUUCCUUCACUGUGUUCCAGCCAAUACCUUCACAAACAUUAGCACUAAGAACCCUCAGGGUUCAAAGUCAACAGACAACAUCUGGAUCAGUCGCUCACUCAAGAAAACAUAUUCAGGUCAUUGGGCUGUUAUUAGGGAAGGCCUCACCAACCCCUGGAUUCCUGAUAGUUGGUCAUGGGGUGGAGUUGCAUCCGACCACUGCCCAUUAUGGGCAGAGUUCUACAUAGAUAAAGACUUCGAUAGGAAAGUGCCAUUUGGAAAUGGCAGCGCAGUGACUGUUGAGCAAGCAGAUGGGAGCACAAAGGAUGAGCGGUGACACAUAACAACUGUAUGCCACAUUUUUAUCGGACGUUUAUUACAGAACAGUUAUUUGUCAAUGAAGCCCAUGGGUGACUGAAUGUGAAAGGAUCUAAUCUGCCUUUUAACAAUUAACUUUUGGUUGUGAUGUGAUUUGUUUCUGCUGCAAAUAAGUAUGUUUAAAAAAAAAACAUAAUCAAUUGUUUAUUUUUGAGGGGGAGCUGGAAAGAGGAGACACUUUUAAAUGGAAGAAAGGAUAAUUUAUACCAAAUGAAGUGGCAAUUUAACAGAAUGUUAAUAAUAUACUUUAUUUUGAAAAGAGAAUUACAUUUAGUUUCUUCCUUCCCUCCUUCCAGUUCAAAAAUCUUCAAAGUACUGCACUAUUUUCAUUCAAUACCACUGACGUAGCUUGAAUUCAGAAGCUAAACAUGGAAGAUACAGCUGCUGCUGGCAUUUUGUGCUUUGGGUAACACAAGUGAAAAGGUUGGAUUUGUACAUAAACCUUCCUGAAAUAGUAAAAAUAAAUUUAUUUUGUGAUUAUUUUUUUCCCUUUUGCACAGAACUUUAGGAUAUAUUUGUUCUUAUUCCAGUAUUAGCAAUAUAAAAAUAAAAUAAAUAGAUUCUAUUUGUACUGAGCUUGCAAUGGUACAGUUUUUAAGAAAGUGAAAAUGUUUGGUACGCUAAGAUUGUACCUGUUGCACAUAAGUAGCAUACUGCUGGGGUGGCAAAGCCACAUUUUGCCUGAACCCAGAGAGUUAAAGGGAAGAAUCUAUGUUCUGCAGUAAAAUGGUGCUAGCACAGUGCAGCUACUUUAACAGUCUGACGCUCGAGUGUUGAUUGUCUCCUGUGAGCCUGUGACUAGAAUACCAAAACGGUACCAUUUAUGACUGUUACUAUAAUUACAACUUGUAAUAUGAGACUGUAUGUUCCUCUGAAAUUGCACCUUUGAUUAAAGAGCUAAUAAAUUUAACAAA